GCCGCAGUUUGGCGCUGUCUUUGGCCGCCAGUGGACGCAUUUGCUCGUUCGUCGCAACUUCUACGUCGCUAACAGUUGUCCGGCGUAAUCGUAAUCCGGCGUACAAUCUCGCGCAGCAUCUCUGGCACAUCCAAGUCGAAAGCGACCAGCGCCGCAGGCUUAGUUUUGUUUUCGUCACAAUUCCCUGCUAUUGUUUAUUGUUAUUGUUCUUGUGCCAAUUUAGGAAGUAACGUAUUUGAUUUCAUCUAAAUUUAAACGUGUUCCCAAGUCUUAAAUGUGUCAUGUCGCGAUCGUGGGUGUGCGUGUGUAUGUGUUAAGUAAUGCAAACAAAUAAAUGAUAAUGAUAAAAAGGCGAUAAACGUUUAAAGCGGCACACAAAACUACAAAUAAAAAUACAAAAAAAAAUACAAAAUUAAUAUAAUAAUAAGAAAACCCCAUAUUCGUUUAAUUGCGCAUCGUCCGUCGGUGGAGGAGAAAGUGCUGACGGAGUUCAGGAGCGGAGACGCCUUCGUUGACAGGUUCCUGCUGUCUACCAUAUUGCAACGCUGCAGCAGCCGACGCGUCAGUGCUGAGUGGGUCAUCAUUCAUCCGCCCGCCCGUAAUUGCGGCAGCACGUCAAAGUCAAUACCCAACCACCAACCAUUAAACCACCUCGCAUGGCCGACGACGAUCUGCGUGCCCUGGUGGACAGCCUGGACGACGCCUCGCCGGAGAACCUGGCCAACGUCAUCGCCAACUUCUCGCUGGACAUGCUGCAGCGGGCGAGCGCCCUAAUUGGCGCCCAGCAGCCACACAGCGGGGAGCUCCUCGUCAAUCGAACGCAGCAGUGCCAGCAGCAGCAGCGGCAGGAGGAGCUGGAGGCGGCUCGGAACCUAACGGGAGGUGGCAAGCGGAUUCUGCAAUGUCCCAGCUCAUUUGAUUCUGUUCUGUGUUGGCCUCGUACGAACGCCGGAAGUUUGGCGAUACUGCCCUGUUUUGAGGAAUUUAAGGGUGUACAUUACGACACAACAGAAAACGCCACUAGGUUCUGCUUUGAGAAUGGCACAUGGGAUCACUAUUCGGACUAUGAUCGCUGCCAUCAGCAGUCGGGUUCUAUACCAGUAGUGCCAGACUUUUCUCCCAGUGUCGAUUUACCUGCAAUUAUCUAUGCCUGUGGCUAUUUUUUAAGCUUUGCCACCUUAGUAGUAGCCCUUAUUAUAUUCCUCAGCUUCAAAGAUCUACGCUGCCUGCGAAAUACAAUUCAUGCGAAUCUAUUCCUCACCUACAUCACCUCAGCUUUAUUAUGGAUUCUCACCUUGUUUCUGCAAGUGAUAACCACAGAGUCAAGCCAGGCUGGGUGCAUAACGUUGGUCAUCAUGUUUCAAUACUUUUACCUAACCAACUUUUUCUGGAUGUUUGUCGAGGGUCUUUAUCUGUACACUUUGGUGGUGCAAACGUUCUCCAGCGAUAACAUUAGCUUUCUUAUCUACGCCCUGAUAGGCUGGGGCUGUCCAGCUCUUUGCAUUUUGGUCUGGUCCAUAGCCAAGGCAUUUGCCCCGCAUCUCGACAAUGAGCACUUUAUUGGGCUUGAAAUCGACUGCGCUUGGAUGCGUGAAUCUCAUAUUGAUUGGAUUUUCAAGGGCCCUGCCUCGCUGGCUCUUCUAAUUAAUUUAGUUUUUCUCAUUCGCAUUAUGUGGGUUCUCAUCACGAAACUACGGUCUGCUCACACAUUAGAAACACGGCAGUAUUACAAAGCCUCCAAAGCCCUGCUGGUGUUAAUUCCGCUUUUUGGCAUUACCUAUCUGCUGGUCUUAACCGGCCCGGAGCAGGGCAUCAGUCGUAAUCUCUUUGAGGCCAUUAGAGCCUUUCUCAUUAGCACACAGGGCUUCUUUGUGGCGCUCUUCUACUGUUUCCUUAACUCGGAGGUGCGCCAGACGUUGAGGCAUCGCUUUAUCCGGUGGCGCGAGAGUCGGAAUAUUAACCGAAGCAGUUCCAUCAAAAAUCGCAGGCAUCGCGCCUCCAAAGACUACUCGCUGAGAUCGCGAACCGAAAGUCUACGACUGACAUCAACAAGUCCCGUACCCACCGGACACUACGAAUGAUCAACAAACACACCCAAAUAAUGUAUACGACCGAGAUUUUCCCCCAUACACAUAUCCCCCUAUUGUUCAUAAGUAUUGCAUGCUAGUUUACACCCUAAGAACCCAGAUUAAAGUAUUAUAUUUUUUUAUAUACACAUCAUAAAAACCAGAUUACUUGUUAUUUGUCCCCAAAACGUUAAUCCCCAAAUCGACUUUCAGCACGGAGGAGUGUGUGAUCUGUCUACGCCCAUCGCCCCAUACGCGACUGGGGCCACUGCAGCGCUACCACAGCAUCGACAUCACAGACUUUGUUUAGAGGUUUUAUUCUUUCCAACCAAUCCAUAGUAUUAGUCGACUUCGUGGCGCAUGAGGCGCUCGUAGAACUGGCCAAAAACAAACCCCUCAGUAUCGUAGGUCCUGUAGAGGCGAUACCAGUCCUCGCUGACGUGUCGGUUCUGGUAAACGGGCUGACAAUGGCUGGGAAAGUAGUCGAUCGUGGCGUACUUGAUCAGAUCGAACUCGCAGGGUGCAUGCAACAGUUUCAGAUCGCCUUUGGCAUCCGGUCCGGGCUCAUCGCGCGGCAGUCUCCUCUUAGCCAGCGCCGUGGGCUGCUCCUGGCUGAUCUCUACUCCCAGCUGCAAGUUGGAGUUGAAGCAGACUCCAGUCUUUGAAAGCCAACAUCGAAACUCACCAACAGGAAGAGCAUGAAAAGUUUAUAAAUUUCACUCCACUUCAUAGAGUUCCUGUAUCAAAUAUAUAUAUAAUUAAAAAAAUAUGCCAGAUUCCAAAAUGAUGUCAUCGAAUUCGAAAACCUGCUUAGACUGAAUUUGAAGUUUAUUUUCAAAAGUGACUUGGAGUUAUGGCGCAAAAUCGAAAACAAAUGCAGAUUCAUGAAUUCGAUUGUUCGUUUUCCUCAAAGUCUUAUUUAAGAAAUUAACUACGAGAAAGUUGCUAAAAUAGGGAUUUAAUUAUUCAUUCCGAAUGUAAAAUAUGUAUUUAGAAAUAUUGAAAAUAAACAAAACUGUGAAUUCCCUAACCAUUGUCCCCCAGUUAGUGUAGAUCCUAAAUUAGCUACUAAUUUGCUAGUCGUGAGUUUUUGUUGAAAAUGUAAUUUAAUUUAAUGUAUUUAACUUAAGACGCAGACGCGACAAAGAAAGAAAACCAAAGAAACACAAAAGAUCAUUUGAUGUAACGUUAAACUUAUCCAUUAAUGUUCUGCGAAUAAAGCUUUUAAAAA